AUUUGACAGUAUUAUUUACAUUAACAAUGUUUUAUUUAUAAGUGAAAAAAUAGUAAUUUAAAUCCAAUAAAAGCUAAUUAAACGCAUUUACGAUGUCUCGGCACAUGAACAUGAACGAGCGGAAGAUCGCCGAAAAAUUAAUCAUCCUAAAUGAUAGAGGGAUUGGGAUGUUAACAAGGAUAUACAACAUAAAAAAGGCUUGCGGCGAUGCAAAAUCUAAACCGGGAUUUUUAUCUGACAAAAAUCUGGAAUCAUCUAUAAAAACCAUUGUAAGGAGGUUCCCUAAUGUAGAUGUUAAAAGUUUGGCACCCAUACACAAUUUAAAGAAUGAAAUAAUAAAAUCUUUAUCUCUUUACUAUUACACAUUCGUGGAUUUGUUGGAUUUUAAAGAUCAUGUUUGUGAGUUGCUUACGAGUAUGGAUGCUUUUCAAGUGGAUUUAGACAUAGCUGUAAACUUUGAACUAACCAAACACUAUUUAGAUUUAGUUACUUCUUAUGUGUCCUUAAUGGUUUUACUAUCAAGAGUGGAAGAUCGUAAAGCAGUUCUCGGUUUAUUCAAUGCUGCCUAUGAAAUUGUACAUGGUUCUCCAGACCAAAGUUUUCCUCGAUUAGGAGCUAUGAUUAUGGAUUAUGAUGUACCAUUUAAAAAAUUGUGUGAGGAAUUUGUGCCCCACUCCAAACUUUUAAUAUCAGCGAUAGAUUCUCUGUAUCCUGUAUUUAUUCCAAGAAAUGUUACUGCCGAUGCAUGGAGAUCAGAUUAUAAGUUAAGUCUAGUAGGAAACCCAGGAAAUAUUCUGAAACCAGUCUCUGUUGAGAAAAUGUCAUGCGAGUUUUUAUCUUUGGACACCAUGGAAAGAUGGAUUAUUUUUGGGAUUCUCUUGUACUACCCAUGCCUUCAAAAUGAAAAAUUUAAUAAACUAUUUAUAAACGCCUUGGAGUCAUCAUGGGUAAUUCCUUUAUUUAGAGACGAAGUAGUUCACAUUCACCAAUACAUCUGGUCGUUUUUCGAUUCUCUUAAAGGCUACAGCAAAAAAGUAUCUGAGGUGAAAGAUUGUUAUAACACUGCCGUUCAAAAAGCUGGUUAUUGUCACAGGGAGCGAAGAAAAUUCCUGAGAACUGCCCUGAAAGAGUUGGGGUUAAUUUUCAUGGAUCAACCUGGACUUCUGGGUCCAAAGGCAUUGAUGAUUUUUAUUGGGCUCUGCUAUGCACGAGAUGAAGUCUUAUGGUUGCUAAGGCACCAUGAAAACCCGCCUCAGCACAAAACCAAAGGAAAACAAACAGAGGAUUUAGUUGAUAGACACCUACCUGAACUGCUAUUUCACAUGGAAGACUUAAGGGUGUUGGUGAGAAAAUACAGCCAGGUAAUGCAGAGGUACUAUGUACAAUAUUUGGCGCAGUACGAUGCGCUAGUUUUAAAAGAUAUAAUUCAGAAAAUACAAAGCUGCCCUGAAGAAGAGGGCAUCAUACUGACUUCUUUUGUCAACACAAUCGCAACCUUGUCUGUAAAGCAGGUAGAAGAAAACGAAACCUUCAACUUUUUCGCGUUUCGUCUUGACUGGUUUAGGCUGCAAACUUUCAUGUCCACAGCCAAGUCGCCCAUAAGAUUGUCCGAUUGCAAAAUACUCGCCCAAUUAGUGGAUAUGAUACAGUUCCACACCAAAAUGGUGGAUAAUUUGGAUGAAAUGCUGAAGGACACGUCCGACUUGUCGAUUUUCUGUUUCUACAACCGAAUUUUUGAAGAACAAUUCCACAUGUGUUUGGAAUUUCCCGCACAAAACCGUUUCAUCGUAGCGUUUCCUUCUAUAUGCAGCCACUUCCAACACUGCACGCACGAGCUGUGUCCCGAAGAACGUCAUCACAUCAGAGAAAGAAGUUUAUCGGUUGUGAACAUGUUUCUGGAUGAGAUGGCCAAAGAGGCGAAAAAUAUAAUAACCGCGAUUUGCGAUGCCCAGUGCAAAAUGAGCGAUAAAUUGCUGCCGAAAAAUUGCGCCGUCCUGAUUUCGCAACAAAUAAACAGAAAAAAGAAGGAAAAGAACAAGAAGAACGUAAACGAAUUUGAGAAACCAGGAGCCGAAAGUUUCCGGAAAACCAGGGAGAAUUUGACCACAAUGGACAAGCUUCAUAUGGCGUUAACAGAAUUAUGCUAUGCCAUCAAUUACUUUUCAAACAUUAACGUUUGGGAGUACACGUUUGCCCCCAGAGAGUACCUUCAUCAGCAUCUGGAAAAUCGCUUCGCCAAGGCUCUGGUAGGCAUGGUAAUGCAUAAUCAAGACACCAAUGAAAUUGCCAAGCCUUCCGAGUUGUUGGUGUGUGUGAGAUCAUACAUGAACGUUUUGCAAACCGUUGAAAAUUACGUGCAUAUCGACAUAACAAGGGUAUUCAACAACUCGCUGUUGCAGCAAACACAACCCAUGGACACGCAUGGCGACAAAACCAUAGCCUCGAUUUACACCCAAUGGUAUUCGGAGGUCUUGUUGCGACGAGUGAGUGCUGGCAACAUUGUUUUUUCAAUGAACCAAAGAUCGUUUGUAAGCCUAACCGGGGAAGGAUCGAUACCGUUUAAUCCCGAGGAAUAUUCCGAUGUGAACGAGUUGAGGGCGCUAGCCGAACUCAUUGGCCCGUACGGAAUGAAGCAACUUAGCGAAACAUUAAUGUGGCACACGGCAAGCCAGGUGGUGGAGCUUAAAAAAUUGGCAGAAGGCAACAAGGACACUUUGUUGAAAUUACGUACAAACUUUGACAAGCCGGAAAUAAUGAAGGAGGAAUUUAAGAAGCUGAACAACGUUGAAAAUGUUUUGCAAAGAAUGACGAUCGUUGGGGUCAUACUGAGUUUUAGACAGUUGGCGCAAUCGAGCUUGACCGAUGUUUUGGAAAACAGAAUACCGUUCUUGGUCAGUUCCAUUUUGGAUUUCAGACACCACUUGCCCAGUGGAGAUCCAAUGAAAAUCGUCAGCGAAAUGACUUCAGCGGCUGGGUUGCCUUGCAAAGUCGACCCCACUCUGCUGGCCGCCUUAAAACACCAAAAACCUGACCCAGAUGCUGAAGAACACUUGCUAGUCUGUUUGCUGAUGGUAUUUGUGGCUGUGUCGAUACCAAAAUUGGCAAAAUCCGAAAACUCGUUUUACAGAGCUUCGCUGGAAGGCCACACGAAUAAUAUUCACUGCAUGGCUUUGGCGGUAAAUAACAUUUUUGGUGCGCUAUUUACGCUUUGCGGACAAGGAGACAUUGAAGAUAGAAUGAAGGAAUUUUUGGCCUUGGCUUCAUCCAGCCUUCUUCGGUUGGGACAAGAAGCAGACAAGGAAGCCAUCAAAAAUAGAGAGUCCGUUUAUUUAUUAUUAGACCAGAUAGUACAAGAGUCGCCUUUUUUGACAAUGGAUUUGUUGGAAUCGUGUUUUCCAUACGCUUUAAUUCGUAAUGCUUUCCAUGAUGUCUAUAAGCAGGAACAAAAUUUGUAAGUUGUGCCAAUAUAUAAAUACUUUAAAGCACUGAUGGUCACAUACGUUUAUAAUCAAGUGUUAUAUUUUUAAAAGUUCACAUGUAAUUUAUUUAUUAAGUAAUUUAAGGUAUUAUUAGCCCAUAAAUCAUUUAUAGAAUAUAAUAUGUAAUAGUUAUUAAAAUAAAUAAGCU